UUUUGACAUAAUUAAUCGACCCUCGUCUACAUCUUCGCAAGAAGAGCAAUACUCGAAAUUGUACAUUUCCUAUCAAAUACACCCUCGCCGGCGUCGCAGAUUCAGAAGUCACAUCCAAUCCAGGCCACUCAACAUCGCAAGGCUGCGUACCUCUAAGUGGGGAAGCACGAGACGAUCGACAAACCAUGUGCGGCGACCACCCCAGUAGACCCAGUCGCGGAGGCGCAAUCGCCAUUCUAAAACAAAUUGGCGCUGCAAAUCCGCAUCACACCAGGUCCGAAAUGUCGAUUCGGCUAGCGGACGAUUUCGAGUCCACGAUUGCGAUGAUUGAAGGUGGCGAGCUGCGCGGUCAACUGGUUGGAGGCCAAUUGCUUAUCCAUUUCGACGGCGAUCUUCGCUCUACGUCCGGGGUGGAAAUGCAUCGCAUUGCCAUACCUGAUCAUUUGCAGCCUGGGAUGCCUUUCCGGUUACGCACGAGGCUGCAGCUGGGUGUGGGAGACGAGGGAAUCAUCGGGCGAAGGGCUUCAUUCAAGGUUGGCGGGAAGGUGGUGAGUGAGGGUGUCGUUGGGUGGGAUUGAGGAUCGAGCAUGCAAGGGGAGUCAUGGCGUUGUUUGAGCGCCUGUUCCAUCGGCCAGGCAGUGUUUUCCAAAGCCUAUGCGGCGUUUUGAGCGAGCUAUAUAGGAGUUUUAUGACUUCUACAAGGACUACAUCGACAGCGCUGUCGUUGCUUCCCACAUUGAAACACCCUCUAGAAGAGUGCCAUGAUGU